AUGAAACGAUUUAUAUUUUUGGCGUUUUUAGUUUGUGGUGCAAUGGCUUCUCUAACAGAAAAACAGCAACAGCAUAUGCAUUCUAUACAUACUAUGUGUGUAUCAGAAAUUGGAGUUUCUGAAGAUGUCAUUGACAAAGCCAGAAGUGGAGAUUUUGUUCAAGAUGCUAAACUAAAAUGUUUCAUGAAAUGCUAUUUUGAUAAAAUCGGUGUGGUAAGUGAGAAUGUUUAAAUUAACUUAUAUUUUGAAUAUAUACAAAUAGUAGAUUAUAACAACACGUUUAACUUAAUAAAUAGAUGUCAAAUAUUGGUGGAUAUUAUAAAAAUUGCUAUACUACUUAAACGUGUUAGGAUCAAGAUAACA